AUGCAGUGGCCACUUCAAUUUUUAAUUAACCCCAUUAUCAUCAAGGCCAUUGCUUCUGCACAAGGAAGAAAGGACGCUAAGAAGCGUGGCAUCAUCAAAUCCAUUUCCGUCAAGGGCAGGUUAGUGCGCUUUGUCAGCACACCAGCAGUUAUGGAGAGGUUUGUCAGUAUUGAAAGGGAGAUUUUGCAGAUUGAGAGUUCAGUUCAACUGGAGGAAGGUAUCUCAGUUUUCCUCAUGGCUUAUGCGUGA